AUGGAGCAAACGAAGAUUGGAAACCCUAGGAAACCCGAUGUGACUUUUAGUGCCUAGUUGAAGGAUGGAAACAAAAUAGAAGUUAAUUAGCAGCAUGAGGAUAAAGCCACUUUUAAAAGAAGAGGAGAUGGCUUAGCUGAUUUCUUAACGCUCAAGCAGUCUUUUUAAAAGAUGAAUUCAGAACUUGAAGGGGCAGAUAGGAGAAUAAAGUCAUUAGAAGAUUAUUUUCAUAAAUAAUCGAUACUUGCUAAUUCAACAGAAUUGGUUACGAAUCAGUCGCUCCAAAAUUACUUGGACACUUUAACAGCUCAUAUCAAUGCCCAGUUUCAACUUAAACUUGAUGAGUAAAACGUCUAACUUAAUAAGAUUCUAACAUCAUUCAAAUCAGAGAUCUAAGGCUUUUUGAAGGAGAAAGCAAACAAGGCUUAAGUACAGAGAGAUCAAGCAUAUGUGCUGGAGAAGGCAGUAUUAAUUGAAACUAAACUGGACCAAAUAUUGACUGGAAAGUAUUAUGAAUCAAUCCUAGAUAAAAGACUUGAGACUAAAGCUGACUAAACUGAUCUAGAGAGCGUUCAAAAGAAUAAGGCUGACUCUGUGGAAGUCAAAGACUGUGUUGAUAAGAUUAACAGGCUAGAAAUUCUAAUUCAUGAAGGCCUCUAUGUCGAUGAGGAAGACGAGGAGGAGUAAACAAUUUAUGGAGAAGAUGAUGAAGUCGACCCUGAGGAACUUAAGGAUUAAGUAAAUAAUUCCGACCAUAAUCAAUCAAUGAUGAGCAUAACUAAUAUAAAACCUCCACCAGAACAUGUUAAAAAAAUUAUUAGGAAUACUAGAAAUGAUAAUGUCCUGAGAGGAAGUUCAGAAUUUUCAAGAGAUGACAACCAAGGUGCAGCAAUAACUGUAGAAGAAAAUCAAGACGCACCUCAAUCAAAGAGCACUGAUGUUGGGGCAAAACUAUAGAGAGAAAAUAAUGAUAGUGUAGCUAGAAAUCAAUUGCAAUCUCAAAAAGGGAAAAAACAUCAGAAAAACCAAAAUAAUAAGUCUAGCUAAGGUAAAAUCCCAAUUUAAAAUCAUGGUUUCCUACCGGCUGAAGAAAUCAAGCUAGAGACUAGCCUUCAUGCUUAAUCAUUGAUGAGUCCUAAAAAUCAUUCUGGAAAAGGGAGCACACAUGGAAAUCCAGACUUCGCUCAACUUAACACGAGGAACAACACGGCAGUUACACCAAGAGACCACUCCACGAGAAAGAAGAAUUCCAAGAAGGACUCAUAGAAGUAGAUACCUGAUCACAUAAUUGAGAUAAUAAAUAGAGACCCUUCACCAAGGCAUUAAGCUACUGCUGUGAGUAUAUCAAUUAAUGGGGAGCAAACUAUAACAGAAGAGCCACAUAAUAUGCCUAGUAUUGGAGUUAAAAUAAGUGUUGGAGGAAAGAGAAAGUAAUAGGAGACUAACUCUAACUAUGACAACCAAGACUUGAAUGUAAGUCAUGGUCACACAACUCUGAGGGAUAAAACUCCAUUAAAUAACCUGAUAAAUGAUCUUAUGUCUAAUAACUCAUCUAUGAAGAGAACUUCAAAAUGGUCAUCGCCAAGGAGGAGAGCUUUGCAAGGAAUUAAACGUGGAUAGAGCUCUGACUAGAAUGAAAAGAAUUUGGAACUAGAGAACUUAAAGAAGGAGCUGGUUAUAAUCAAUCACAGACUUAAGGAAAACUCUGAAAAUGUAAUGAUUUAUAAGUCUGACAUUAACUAAAACAUUAACAAAUAGAUAAAAAUACUCUAAACAGACAUAAAGCUGCCUCAGACAUUCGUAAACGAGAACCAUAUUAAGAUUCUAAAACUGCUCAGACAGUAUGAUACCAUGGCUCAGAAAAUAAAUGAGCAAGAAACUUAUGAUGAAAAGCUCAAGAGAAAGUACUUAAAAUAAACUAUCAAUUUAGAAAAGGAUGCUAACCACUUGAAAAGUGUUCAAGAGCAAGAGAAGGAGUACACAAGGGUCAAGCUUAAGACUUUGGAAACAGAAUUUGUGGUGAUUAAGCAAAACCAGGAAUAUGUUAAAAAGGUCCUCAGUUCUACCAAAUAAUAAACUGCAGCAAUCGGAGCAACAAACAACUCUCUAUAGAUAAAUGUUCAAGAUCCCUCCAUUUUCAUAACCUAGGAUCAAAACUCGUAUCCGAAUAUUAAUCUUGGCGGCUCUACUAAUAGGUCUUAGAUUAAUUACACUCCAUAGCUUUAAACUCAGUCUAUUAGUACUAAUCUCAAUCUUGUUGCUAUGAAUACUAUCCAGACAGACUUUGAAUACUUCAAGUCAUUUGUUUUGCAGAAGAUAUAAGGAGUGUACUAAAAGAUAGAGGAAGAAAAGCAGCCACUUCUUGAUGAGGUUCAGAAUCUCAAAAGAGAAAAUGAGUCGUUUUUGAGAGAACUAGACAGGUUUGAUGCUCUCUACAGAAACAUGCUCAAUGACUAUAUCAACAUUCUCGAAGAAAAUAAGUCCUACAUCUAAAAGUAGAGUGAACUUGAAAAAUAGCUAGCAACAAAUAAAAACUACAUAAAAAAUGCAACUUUCUAGUAUUUUGGGCAGGGUAAUCAGAUGAUUCAUAACACAAAAUUAUGCUCUUUACUUGAAGGUGGUUUAUACGAUCCGAAGAAGUUCGGCUAUGGAGACGACACUCUUGGCAUGCAGAAAUUAGAUUCAGUUACAGCUAAGCUAGUCGACACUAAAAGAAAACUAAAGCAAACAUUUGAAUAGGACAUGAUAGAGCAGUUGGGAGCCACUGAACUCAAUUCUAAAAGAAAACUAGGAUCUCCCAUGCAUAAUCUUAGUCAAUCAAUAUCAAGAUUAGGAUCCAAUGAUUUUAGAGCUAGGACUUCUGCGAUAGUUGAGGCUUCUUCUAAGUAAAUCAAUAAGAUUGACUUUAGCGAGUUGCCUGAAAACCAAAUUAAGAAGAAUGAUCCAAGGACAGGACAUCAGAGCAUGCGAAAAAGGAACACGAUAAAUUCAUCUCAAUUAAAUAACACCCUUGAAUCUCAUUCAACUUAAAAUACCAGGCUGAAAAGCAUAGAACUUUACAAGCGAAUGAUUCAUAAUCAAUUCAAUCAAACACUUAGUCCAAGUACUGCUUUAGAUGUUGUUAGCUCCAUUUAAAAUCAAAAUGUAUUGAAUGAUAGCUUCUAACAACAAAGCAUUAAUAAAACUCCUAUGAGUCUGACAACUCCAAAUAGUCCAUUAAGAGCCAAGUUUGGCACAAAGGAUCCUUUCGCUUAGAUAAGGAAAAACCAAGCCUCACCUUAAUUGAUUGGGGAAAAAGAUAACCACACAAUGUAGCUGAAAAGGUUCAACUACAUUUAGCAAUAAUGA